AUGCUGUUGGAUACUGGUUCAGAGCUGACGUUUGCUACAAAUGACCUUGUGGGGAAGCUCGGCUUAUCGGUAUCUCCAGCUUUGCUACCGGUCGUUGGUAUUAGUGGAUCAAAGUCUUCAUCUAAUGGUUUUUCUCGAUUUUCUCUCAAGUCUCUGUAUUCAAGUAAUCAGAUUCUCAUCAAGGCCUAUGUACUCGAUCAUCUCACAUCUUCAUUGCCUUCGUUCACGGUCUCUCAAACUCAACAUUGGGAGCAUCUCAGAGGAUUGGAGUUAGCUGAUCCUGAUUAUCUGACGUCAAGACCUGUUGAUCUUCUCAUUGGCGCAGAUUUCUUUGGAUCGAUUGUGGAGCCGCAGGUUAUCAAGGGGCCGUCAGACUCCCCUAUAGCGAUGCUUACUCUCUUCGGGUGGGUGGUUCUCGGACCUACAUCCGCAGUGAUCCCCGCGGCAAGCUCAAAUCACGUCUCUGUCAGCAAUGAGGAACUUGGCGAUCUUCUCACCUCGUUCUGGCAGCAGGAGGAAGUCUCUAAAACUGAAGGCAAUGAUGGUGUUCUCACGAAGGAAGAGGCAGAUUGUGAGGAGUUCUUUCAGCGCACCCAUGUUCGAGAUCGCUCGGGGCGUUAUGUUGUUCGACUGCCUCUUGCUCGUUCUCCGUCAGAGCUCGGUGAUUCUCUAGGCCGCGCCAAGGCGUGUCUCUCGAGCCUGCUCAGGAGGUUGGGAAAGAAUCAGAAUUCUCUACAGCUUUACAGUGAUUUUCUCAAGGAGUAUGAAGAGUUGGGGCACAUGGUGCGUGCUCCUGUUCUGCCUGCCUCAUAUGCUUCUCGGGUCUUGGGUUGUCAACCUGACGGGAUGACCUUGGCACAUGAAGCUUCGGCUUCAGGAGGGUUGAGGGUCCCGGAGGGGGGGCAAUCAUAUCAGGGUCCCGGUCGGUGCUCGUCUCUCAGGCAAUCUCACUCUUCUGCUCCUACAUACUACUUUCCUCAUCAUUGCGUUCUCCGGGAAAGUAGUGAAACUACAAAGCUGAGAGUAGUGUUCAAUGGCUCCAGUAAGACAAGCUCAGGGUUGUCUCUUAACGACAUUCAGCAUACUGGAGCCAAAUUGCAAAAGGACAUCUCUGACGUGCUUCUCUGGUCUCGACAGAGCAAGUACAUCUUUAUGACGGACAUCACGAAGAUGUUCCGUCAGAUCAAGGUGCAUCAGGAAGACUGGCCUCUUCAACAAAUUUUGUGGCGCGAUUCUCAGGGCCAGAUCAGCACCUACCAGCUCACCACUGUCACCUACGGGACCAAGUCUGCUCCAUUUCUCGCCUGUAGGGUUCUCGACCAGCUGGUCAAGGACGAGGGACAGCGAUUCCCUCUGGCUAUGUCACCGUUGACCAGUGCAGAUAUGUAG